AUGCCUCUCUUCGCAAAGGGAACAGGAGUUCCCCUCCCCCUGUCUAAUGCCUCUAGCGCAGCACCACCCUCCGCGGAAAGCCAGGUUCCCAAACGCAUCCGCAUCAAAAACCGCCGCAAGACCUAUCUCGACCGGCAUCCCGAAUAUUUCGGCCCGCAGCUCGAGCUGGCAGAUCCACUCCUCUACGACCGCCUUGUGCGCCGCUUCCAGACGGCCGAAGAGCGCGAAGCCGAAGGCCGACGCAAGGGCUACUCGGGCAUCUUGGAGGCGGACCUGUACCGCAGCGAGGCGAAACUAGAGGCGCUGCACCAUCCUGACCCGAAUGCCUUGUUUACGUAUCGACGGGGCCCGGAUGGCGAGAUCUUGGCCGAAGAGAAGGAUGAGGUGUCUACGAACAAAGAGGAGGGGCUGGACAGGUGGAAGUGGGAGAUGGAGGCUCGGUUCCUGAGGGGUGGGGAUGACGACUUUGACUACAAUGCCGUUGACCAGAAUUCAGAGUACGAUGAUCGGGUGGUUGAGGAGCGGGAUGCGCAGGAUAGGUAUUUUGACGAGGAGACGCCGCAUUUCGUAGAAGGAGAGGGAGAGGGAGAGGGAGAGGGAGAGCAAGGCGAUCGGCGGAGGAGGAGCGGCAGUGAAAGCAGGCCUCGUGAUUUGAAAGGUGAGACGGGGGUGCAGGAUUUUUGA